AGCGCGACAAAAUGGAAAUUCGAAAACAAGACAAAAAGAAAAAUCAAACAUAUUUUAUUCCAAUAACGUUUGAGGGUGGACUUCAGUCACGUGUUCGCGCGGAGCUUGUUAAUGAGCUGCUAAAAUAUAUACUGUACGAAAGGCAACAGAUUCCAAACUCAUAUGACGAGCUAAAGAGGACAUUGGUUCAAGUUAGAAAUUCUAAAGAAACAGACAAAAGGUUGGUACCAAAUUUCAAAACAAAAAAGGCAGUGGUUAUGGUCCAGAAGUUAGAAGAGGCAAUGACCAACAUUCAAAGAGCCUUUGAACAUUGUCCCGAAAUCCUGCAGGUAAUGUUCACCAUAGGGGCCACCACUGUGACCCCAAAGGAAGUGUACUUGAUAAACAUGCCCCCACUGAAUCCUGAUGCUGAAAACCUCUCCGGCAAGGACAGUGUGAAAACAUUGUUCCGGCAGUUGAUCAUGCAGGAUCCACUUUGUAACCUGAAAAAGAUCUCAACCUCCAGCACAGCAGUUCUUUUGUAUGGACCAAGAAAAUCAUGUAUAAAUUGGUUUUUGCCAAGACCGAUGUUUAAAACCCCUGUUAGGGGCAGUAAGGUGGAAUUUCAGCUGUGCAACACGGUUGGCCAAGGUAACCAUGACCUCUCAAAAGACUUCACUGUAGCAGAACUGUCCGGUUUUGAGCCUUUUGACAUAUCUAUGGGCGAUACUUCUUCCAGUCCAAUGGCUAGCCAUAGGAUUUGUGGACAUUCUCAAAGCAGUGAAGACUCCAUAUCGGCCGACUAUGUCUGCAUAGAUUCCGCAAUCAGCAUGGACAUGUAUGAAAAUGAUGGAAGUGAUGAUGAAAGUGAGCCAAACAUGUCCAAUAUUGACACCCUUUUAGGAAGCCAGUCGUUGAAGCAUCUGUUGUUAGAUUCAAACUUAAAUUCGAACAAUUCAAAACAAAUGAAGAAGUCUGCUUCAACAAGUUCAAUACUUUCUCAAACAAGUGUUAUUUUGAAAUCAGUUUCAAGUGUUGAAGAUAUGGAUAUCGGUGUUACACAAUUGCAGGACUUUCAUAAAAUCGAUUCAGAAAAUAUUUGGUACCAGUCGCCAAUUUCAAUUAAAGGUUACAAAAUAUCAAAUGACUCUUUGGUGCAAAAUAGUUAACUAAUGAAUUUUAUACCCAUGGUCUUUCUCAUUUGAAUGAAGUGCUCAUAAUUGUACAAAGUAAUUUUAAGGUUACUGCUUGUAUAAUAAUGUAUUAUGUAUAAUGUUGGUGUUCAAUUUGAUCCAUGGUGGAAAUCAAUGAUUUGAAUUACUAGUAAUAUACAUGUAGAUGUAUAUCAUUUUAUUCAUGCAUGUAAUUAUUUUUUCAAAUUUAAAUAAAUCUGAAUAUGUAAUUCAAAGUUUAUGAGGGCUGUCUGUGCUUAAGGCAGCAUUAUAGAGGACCCAGAUUGGGUCUCAGCACUCCUACCUUAGUCUAAAAAUACACUCUCGAAGUUGGGAUAAAUUUUGAAUAUAAGCUGCUAUUUCAUUUAUUGUAUUUAGUUUAUAACCAGGUUUUUGGUGAAGUUGACAAAUCCUGGUUAUAAGAUUGACCUCUUGAGUUCAGUGUCAAACAAAUUGUUGAUCACUAAAGUUUGCAUCGGCCAAUCUUGAUAAAACUUAAGAUAUUUAGCAAGCUUGCGUUGAGACCUAGCUUGGUAUUGUACUUUGAGCUAGUUGUGUGAUGGUCAUGGUUAUUGUGACUAAACAUUAAAGAUUGUCUCCGCUCAAUAACUUUAUGUUUCGAUGGAGGUUUUGAAUUUGAUCUUAAGUUUUGUUUGUUUGUAAUUUACAUGAAGACCUAGCAUUGGAUUGUAUUUGUUAUAUCUCAUGACAUAAAAAGGUCGCUGUAACUUAAAAUAGAAAAACAGCAAACAGAUAGUGUUAAGUCAAUUACUUUUGUUGGCAUAGACCAAUCUAGAUGAAACUUUGGUUACAGCAAGCUUGCAUGGAAACAAAGUUUGUGAUUGUAUUUGAGACUACGAGGGUCAACGUAACUGUUACUAAGGAUAAAAAAGGGUUUCGGUGUAAUGAAACUUUUUUUGUAGUGUAGCUUACAUGAAGACUUGCAUGGUGCGGGUUGGUCAAGGUCACUACUACUAAAAAAUAGAAUCAUUGUUUCCACUUAAUAACUUCGGUUCAGAUGUAGGUUUUGCAUACGGAAAUGUGUAGUUUGCUUACGUACAAACCUACAAAACCUGGUUUAGUUGCGUGGCAAUGUUUUUUGUUAUUGAAAUAAACAUGUACUCAAUUUU